AGGCAUCGCCGAUUCAUUUUUUGGGGUUUUAGGGUUUUGCUUUUGUAUUUUGCUCUUGUUUUUUGCUUCUUUCUCUCAAUAAAAAAUGACUGCUCAGACCGACAAAGAGAUCGAAGAGAUCCUCGCCGCUCAUCUCGACCAGCAAAAAAUCGAUCCUGAGCAACCUACUGUUGAAGAUGACGACGAGGAAGCUGAUGAUGAAGACGACGACCAAGAUGAUGCCGAGGGGCAUCAUGAUGGAGAUGGAGCUGGUAGGUCAAAGCAAAGCAGAAGUGAGAAGAAGAGUCGCAAAGCUAUGUUGAAGCUUGGGAUGAAACCAAUUCCUGGUGUUAGUCGUGUCACUGUCAAGAAGAGCAAGAAUAUCUUAUUCGUCAUCUCAAAGCCAGAUGUGUUCAAGAGCCCAGCAUCAGAUACAUACGUAAUAUUUGGAGAGGCUAAGAUUGAGGACUUAAGCUCACAGCUACAGACUCAAGCUGCCGAGCAAUUCAAGGCUCCAGACCUAAGCAAUGUGAUAUCGAAACCCGAGACAUCAUCUAAUGUCCAGGAUGAUGAAGAAGUGGAUGAGACAGGUGUUGAGCCCAAGGACAUUGAAUUGGUUAUGACACAAGCAGGAGUGUCCAGGUCAAAGGCUGUCAAGGCUCUCAAGGCUGCUGAUGGUGACAUUGUUUCUGCUAUUAUGGAGCUUACAACCUAAUCGUAGCAUUUCCUUGGGAGUUUUUAUUUGGCUUACGAGAGUUGUGUGCCUCAGGUCAGAUAUCCCUUAUUUUACCGCUACUGUUUUGCUUUUUUCUUCUCCUGUUUUGGUAAUAUUAUCUUUUAGCUAUGUUAUUGUUACUGUUGUACUAUUAAAACCGUUUGGGAGUAUGUUUCUGCUACAAUAACGAUCUCGGUUUUAUAAUUUUGAUUCUCUCCAUGUUUG